AUGAAAAACCUCAACACGCUCAAGAUUAGCAUCUUGGUAGUUUUACUUUCCUUCAUUCUCAUUUCUUCCUCGUUACCUAGUGGCACAGAAGCCAAAAUUGGUGCCAAAUUAAAGAAAUUUGCCAAGAAAGCUGUCAAGAUUGCCAAAGUUGUUGCACCAUACGCAGCAACAUUUGUUCCAGGUGCUCAAGCUGCUGCUGUUGCCAAGUUUAAAUCAGUCUAUGAUAAAUAUAAGAAGGUGAAGCAAGUUGUUGAUCGUGUUAAGAAAGUUAGAGACACUGUCAAGAAUUUGAAAGGAAAUUUGAAAGGUGGAUUGAAGGGUCUUGCUAAUAAGUAUGCUAACAAGUUUUCUGGCGGUAAAUUUGGUCAAUUGAAGGAUAAAUUUAACAAGAUCAAGGGAAAGGUCAGAAAUAUCAAGGACAAGUUCAAUAAUAUCAAAGACAAGUUUAAUAAUGCUAGAGAUCAAUUUAAUGAUAUUAGAGAUCAAGUGAGAGGUGUUACUGGAGGUGGUGGUGGUGAUGGAGGUGAACAACAACCACAAGGAGGUGAUGAACAAGGUCAACAACAACAAGAACAAUCUCAACAACAAUUCCAACAAUCUGGAGGUGAACAAAGUGUUGAACAAGGAAGUGUUGAACAAUCUCAACAACAACAAUUCCAACAAGUUCAACAACAACAACAAGGAGGUGAACAAGUUACUAAUAAUAAUGGAUAUGUUGCCAAUAAUUCAAAUGGUGGUUUUGCUCCUCGUGUUCGUGGUGGACGUGUUCGUGGUGUUUCUAGAAAUAAUGGUGGUGGAUAUGUCAGUAAUCAAGGUGGAUCUUCUGCUUCAUCUGGUGAAAGUUAUUCAUCUUCUGGAUCAUCAGCGUCAUCUGGUGGUGGUGAUGGUGGUGUUUCUUAUUCUGGAUCAUCAUCUUCUGGUGGUAGUGCUCCUUCUGGUGGUUCUGGUGGAACUUAUAUGAGACAUUAUGCCAAGAGAGGUGGUAGAAGAGGAGUCAGAUUGAGUCUCAAUAUUAAUAUUAAUGGAGUCAAGCAAGCUGCUCAAUAAAUUUCUCAACAAGUAAAAUU